AUGUUCACUUGUCCUUCAACUGGAAUUUAUUCAAAUGCUAUCCUAGAUGAAGCCGAAACUAAGAUUGCCUACACUUGGAUGGAAAGCCCAGAGGAAGUGACUGUAUGGAUAACAUUUAACAAACAGACGUCGAAGCACGAUUUAGUCGUCAAAAUUGAAAGUCAGGCAUCGAAAGUUGUGUAUAAAAAUCAAACAUAUUUGGUUGGCGAGUUGGCUCAUCCCAUUUCGGUCGAGUCCAGUACGUGGACACUGUCGGAUGGGAAACUGGAGAUUAUCUUGUCAAAAAUUGACAAGUCACUGAGUUGGAAUCAUCUUAUCCAAAGUGAUCUUCGUGGUCGAAAAGUCUUGGACCCCGAAACAGCCGCCGAUUAUGAAAGCGUAAUUAAUAUGGACAUGAAAGAAACGCAAGCAGAGGGCGGUGGUCGACCUCCCGUCUUCAGCAGUGAGCAACUAGAAGAAUGUGAUGAUAUGCCCAUGGAUGAGUCGUGUAUUUUUCGCUUUGACGGAGAAACGAACGAAUUCACGCACAAAGCAAUACUGAGUGGACAGCUUCUGUUUUUUACUCAGUCGGCUCCUGGGUUGGCACCAGCCUUCUGCUUACGUCACGACGUCGAUGGUCUUAUUUGGCAGCCUAUGGGCGACGAACUAGAACUAUCCUGGCGAUGCUUGCACACGGCUGCACUGCAGGCCUUGGGCUACAUCCAGGCUUCUAAGGAACAACGGAAAUUUACUGUAGCACCGCCUAGUAAAAAAAAAACCUUAGCGAAAAUUUCUGUUCGGGCCCUCUAACAUGUUCAAGGCAUGUACUCUUUUGGGCGAGUUACAAAAAGGACUCCAGGGUUUCCGACUUUUGGUUGCAGGUUUCCGACACUUGGACAUCUGGUACCCGACGUUAGGACAUCUGCCCACCGACGUUUGGACUACUGGUCCCCGACGUUUGGGCGCAUCAGUAAAUUGUUGCUGAACCCACCGAGCGCUAUGCUUUCCGACAAGAGGACUCC